CAUGCGGCGCUGAGCCCGGCAGCCAGUCCACUAUGGGCCGCGGGGCCUGUGUCCCUUUGGAGACCCCGGGGGGCGGCGUCCAGGGCCGCCGGCUGGGAGCCGUGCUGGGCGCCCUGUGCCUCCUGCCCGCCCUGGUGCUGCUGGCCCGGCUGGGCGCCCCGGCGGUGCGGGCCUGGAGCGCAGCGCAGGGAGAUGUCCCUGCCGCGGGCCCCGCAGGAGUAGCGGCCGCCCAGGUCCCAGGCCCACUGGGCCCCCGCAGACGCCGCUACACGCUGACCCCGGCCAGGCUGCGCUGGGACCACUUCAACCUCACCUACAGGGUCCUCUCCUUCCCGCGGAACCUGCUGAGCCCCCGCGAGACCCGGCGGGCCCUGGCAGCCGCCUUCCGCAUGUGGAGCGACGUGUCCCCCUUCAGCUUCCGCGAAGUGGCCCCUGAGCAGCCCAGCGACCUGCGGAUAGGCUUCUACCCGGCCAACCACACGGACUGCCUGGCCUCGGCGCUGCACCACUGCUUCGACGGCCCCACGGGGGAGCUGGCCCACGCCUUCUUCCCCCCGCACGGCGGCAUCCACUUCGACGAUAGCGAGUACUGGGUUCUGGGCCCCACGCGCUACAGCUGGAAGAAAGGCGUGUGGCUCACGGACCUGGUGCACGUGGCGGCCCACGAGAUCGGCCACGCGCUGGGCCUGAUGCACUCGCAGCACGGCCGGGCGCUCAUGCACCUCAACGCCACGCUGCGCGGCUGGAAGGCGCUGUCGCAGGACGAGCUGUGGGGGCUGCACCGGCUCUACGGCUGCCUGGACCGGCUGCUCGUGUGCGAGUCCUGGGCACGGAGGGGCCUCUGCGACGCCCGCCGGCGGCUCAUGAAGAGGCUCUGCCCCAGCAGCUGCGACUUCUGCUACGAAUUCCCCUUCCCCACGGUGGCCGCCACCCCACCACCCCCCAGGACCAAAACCAAGCUGGUGCCCGAGGGCAGGAACGUCACCUUCCGCUGUGGCCGGAAGAUCCUCCACAAGAAAGGCAAAGUGUACUGGUACAAGGACCAGGAGCCCCUGGAGUUCUCCUACCCAGGCUACCUGGCACUGGGCGAGGCACACCUGAGCAUCAUCGCCAACGCCGUCAACGAGGGCACCUACACGUGUGUGGUGCGCCGGCACCAGCGCGUGCUCACAACCUACUCCUGGCGCGUCCGUGUGAGGAGCUGAGCUCGG